AUAACCAGAGAUUUACUAGAAAUACCAUGGUUAAUAAAGCAAAACCAUGGUUAAUUUGUGGUUACCAUGGUUUAUAGUAACCAUGUUUUUUUUGGUUUUAUUUGUAGUAAAACCAUGGUUAAUUUUCGUAAGGGUGACUUAAUAUUUAAAUCACUCGCCCUUAACGCUUCAUUCGCGUCUGGUGUGAAAGCACCAUCCUCUUCUCGCCGCUUCUGUCUCCAGUCCAGCGGGUGGCGCUAAAACACAUUCGUUUGUUUGAUAAACACCAUUAGACCUCAGAAGAAGAAGGUUAGUUUCACCGCGCUCUCUGUUGUUUUGUCGUGGUGCUAGUUUAAUACAAACUGUUAGAAAUGUUGUUUCUGUACGUGGAAAAAUACAGUUUUUGGAUCAGGUCAUUAAACGCCUGUAAUAUUCUCAUCAUCACAGUCGUGACUAAGUUUUGAAUCAAGCAGGAAAUUCUGGAGGAGUAUCAGCUGAACUGAGAUCUGCUGUGAAUAUGGAGUUUGUUAAAGAGGAGAGUGAGGAAAACACGAGUGAAAUAAAACAAGAGGAACCAGAAACCUGGAAAAUACAACACAUGGGACCAGAAACCUGGAAAAUAAAAGAAGAGGAACCAGAAACCUGGAAAAUACAAUACAUGGAACCAGACACCAGGAAAAUAAAAGAAGAGGAACCAGAAACCUGGAGAAUAAAAGAAGAGGAACCAGAAACCUGGAGAAUAAAACAAGAGGAACCAGAAACCUGCAGAACAAAACACGAAGAACUAGAAAUAUUAAGAAUAAAACCCGAGGAAUCAGAAACCUGGAGAAUAAAACAUGAGGAACCAGAAAUAUUGAGAAUAAAACACGAGGAAUCAGAAACCUGCAGAAUAAAACAACAAGGGGAGGAACAAAGAGAGUUCAUUGAAGAGAAAGGGGCGAAUGAAGAAUCAAGUGAAGUUGAGGAGAAAAAGCAUAUUAAAACUGGAGGAAAAUCUUUGAGUUGCACUCAAACCAUACAGAAAGAAAUAAAGAAAAAAAGAGUCAAGAAAUCAUUCACCUGCACUCAGUGUGGAAAGAGUUUCACACACAAAGCAAGUUAUGGGCGUCACAUGAGAAUUCAUAUUGUAGAGAAACCUUUCACUUGUGAUCAGUGCGGGAAGAGUUUCAAACAAUCAGCAAACCUUAAGAGACACAUGAAGAUCCACACUGGAGAGAAACCGUACACAUGUGAUCAAUGUGGUGAAAUGUUUUUAUGGGCUUCACUUCUUAAGAAACACUAUGAAUUUCAUUCAAAGGAGAAACCACAUUCAUGUAAUUUGUGUGGUAAGAGUUUAUUGAAUCUACUAAGUUUGAAGGUACAUCAGAAAAUACAUACUAGUGUGAGAGAGUACAUGUGCUUUGAGUGUAAAAAGACUUUUAGUUCAGUGAGCAAUUUAAAACAGCACGAGAGGAUCCACACUGGAGAGAAACCUUAUAAGUGUUCACACUGUGACAAGAGAUUCAAUUAUUUACCAUAUCUGAAAACACAUGAGAGGAUCCAUAAUGGAGAGAAGCCUUAUAAGUGUUCACACUGUGACAAGAGAUUGAAUUGUUUACAAAAUCUGAAAAAACAUGAGAGGAUCCACACUGGAGAGAAACCAUAUAAAUGUUCACACUGUGACAAGAGAUUCAGUGGGAUAACAAACCUGAAAUCACAUGAAAGGAUCCAUAAUGGAGAGAAGCCUUAUACGUGUUCACACUGUGGCCAGAGAUUCAGUCAUUCAGCAAGUCUGAAAAUACAUGUGAGGAUUCACACCGGAGAGAAACCUUAUACGUGUUCACACUGUGGCCAGAGAUUCAGUCAUUCAGGAAAUCUGAAAGCACACGAGAGGAUCCACACUGGAGAGAAACCUUAUAAGUGUUCACAGUGUGACAAGAGAUUUCAUCAGUUGGGAAGUCUGAAAACACAUGAGAGGAUCCACUCUGGAGAGAAACCUUAUAAAUGUUCACACUGUGACAAGAGAUUCAUUGUUUCAUCACAUCUGAAAACACAUGAGAGGACCCACACUGGAGAGAAACCUUACAAGUGUACACACUGUGUUAAGAGAUAUAGUAAGUUAUCAAGUCUGAAAAGACAUGAGAGGAUCCACACUGGAGAGAAACCGUAUUAAUGCACUGUACGUGGGAAGUGUUUCAUUCAGUCAUCUGUUAUACACAGUUAUACAAAAAACAAUAACAGUAAGGUCCUGUACACAUGGAGACAUGUUUAGCUGUAUAUGUAAAUAUUUUGUAUGGUAUAUGUGUUUCGUCCAGGCGGAUCCGGCAUUUUGGGAGAGUGAAAUCACUAUAUAUUUUUUUUAAACCGGGUCCCAGAGUGGCUGAAUCUAAAAAUUACACCUUUGCAUUUUCAUGUGUACAGGCAAUCCGUAUAUUUUGUGAAACAAUGAUGUCAUGGAAGGUCAUGGAAGAUCAUGUGACCCUUCGGCAGCAAUGCACACAUAGUCCUUUGGUGUGCUCACUUUGUCAGAAAUUAUAUAUAUCUCAGUGUUGUAGUCGAGUCACCAACUGUCGAGUCUCGAGUCCCAGUGUUCGAGUCCGAGUCGAGUCUCGAGUCCCGUAUUGGAAAUUUUUUUUGAGGAAACAAUAGCAACCAACUGAGUUGGUAGGCAUUGAAGUCCAUUAUAUGAAGAAAACAUGGUGAAAUGUUUUCCUUAACAUAAUUUAAGAAAAAACGCCAUGGAUAUCCUGGAUGGCAUUGGGAGGAGUAAAUGAUUAGGAAAUUUUCCACUGUAUUACAGAAAUACACUCUGAGAAUAAAAGAAACGUGCAUUUUACAAGACACUGUAUUUAAAAGUUACUUAAAACAUAAAAAGUCAAUACGAUAUGCCGAGAGAGAGAGUGGAGUGGGGGUGUGUGUGUGUGUGUGAGAGAGAGAGAGAGAGAGAGAGAGAGAGAGAGCGUUUGUGUGUGACCGAGUGAUUUAACGUGAGUGCGUUUGUAUGUGUUCAAGUGAAUGUGUGUGUGUGACGGCACGCGACUGGUCAGAAAGCAACGUGUAUUUUGCGCGCUCAAGUUCGUUAUUUCCAAUGUAGGCGCGCGGUAUGCGUGCUCAUAAUGGAAAAGACAUGCUCGUUUUUUCCAGGUGCGUCCGCACCGCAUCAAGUUAAAAACCUCUCAACUUUUCAGAAUGCCGCAUUCGCAUCGCAGGUCAUGUGACAAGAACUAACCAAUCAGCUUCAUCCUUUCCCACAAGCGCAUGAGCGCUUCGGAAAAAAAGUAAAGUGAAAGUAAAGUGAGUGACGUCAGUGAGUGUGUUGUCAAGCAAAGAGAGCGAGCGGUAGCAGUGUCUGUGAGGGAAAAGAAUAGAUCCCGGCCGGUCUUGGGCACGAAACAGGAAAAGUGUAACACCUUAUAUAAUUUUUUUAAAUAACAUUUUUUGUCAAAAACAACGUGAAGAAUGCUCAAGUCCGAUUUUAUAUAUCCUCGAGUCCGAGUCCAAGUCGAGUCACAAGUCCAAAGAAUAGUGACUCGAGUCGGGACUCGAGUCUGAGUCCAGGACUCCAUCACUGAUAUAUCCUGUCAGUCAAUUGUGAACAACUAGCCACAGUCAAGGAUGUUCGGGAAAGACAGAUUGAACAAUCACUAAUAAAGAAAAAAUUAAAAGAUUCUGCCAUUUACUGAGGAACUAUAGCUAACGGUAUCAAGCUAGUGCUCAAAGAGCAACAAAGUGCUCUCGAUUCAGUUGUGUCUUCAACUGUAUGAGAAGCAACAGACUUUGUACUGACUCCAGCAGUGACAUCAUGAUUGACCGGGCACAUUGCGUGUAUCACGGAAGGAAAAACUCAGUUUGGCAAUGUACUCUCAUCUUCCUUGCACUACGAUGGCAUGACAGGUCUGCGAUCCUUAAAGGUGCUCGGCCGACAUAUCCGGUGAAAUAUGGAUAUGUCACGCUACAAUUUUUUUCCUGACUUUAGUCCAGCCACAACUACCAAGAGAAAGAGCUUUAAUCCAGUCUUGAAGAAGACUCCAGCCCUCCUCCAGGUUACUUUAUGCUGAACAAUUCUAUACUUUCCCAGUUUAUCUCAAAUGUUAAACUACCCAGAAUAAAACUUGCCAUGUUGCAGCAUCCUAUACUUUUGGGAGGAUUGGGUGUACCCAAUUUUGAAUUAUAUUAUUUGUACUUUCAAUUUAAGGCUCUUCGUAUUUGGGCUGAUCCUCAAUCUAAAGCUUCAGGGAGAGCAAUCGAAGCUGACAAGGUUAAACAACGUAAGCUCCAAGAUAUUUUAUUUGCUGGCACAGGAAAUAAAAAUGAUAAACAUAACUUUUGCCCCUGUUGUGGCCAAUUCUAUUAGGAUCUGGAAAAGGGUGGUAUGCCUGAUGCGAGGACCUUUAAAAAAAUUUUAACAAGACUUAUGGCAGAACUUAAAUUUUUCACGUGGAAAACGGCCAGUAUGUCCAGCCUUCUGGGUCUGAAUUGGACAUAAACACAUGCAAUGACUUAUAUGAUGACCAAAGACACAUUUCAAGAACUGAGAACUAAUAUUUGUUUACCAGCAUCAUAUUUAGUCUUUUUUCAGUUACGCUCUGCUCUCUGCUCUGCCUAUUGAGUUCCCUGGGCAUCCCCCAUUUCCUCUCAUCCUAUGUGGGAUUUGAUUGCACCAUCCUCUGGUUGGCCAUCUAUUUCUUUAAUGUAUAAUAAACUUAAUGAUCACACUAAAAAGCCUAAUUUCUAUUAAACAUAUAUGGAAUUGACAAUUAAAAGAUUUUGAUGUAUCGGUCGAUUGGGAGAGGGUGUGGUCAAAUCUAAUAUUAACUUCUAAAAACUUGGUUCAUCGUUAUAUCCAUUUCAAAGUCAUCCAUAGAGCAUAAAUAACUCCUUACAAAAGUUUUUUUAAUGAAUCUUCAAUCGACCUAUAACUGCCAUAUCUGUAACAAUGUAUUAUCUGUAACACUGUAUCAUCAGGUUCUUUUCUUCACAUGUUUUGGGAAUGUCCAAUUGUUGUCAAUUUAUGGACACGUGAAUUCUGUUUUAAUCCAUUUUGAUGCAAAUUGUUUACAUGUCUAACCCAUGUUCAUGUUUUCUCAAUAAGGAUUCCAACUGAUCUUUAAGUUCAUUAAAGAGAAUGUUGUUUGCUGGUUUUACAGCUGCAAAGUAGACAAUAAUACAAAACUGGUUCACUCACGUGUACAAAAACAUUUGGAUUUACAGCCUACUUAAAAUAGUUACUUGUGAAUGUACAAUGGCACAAAUGAACAAGGCUAAAUCCAGUACCACUGAUGCAUGGAAAUGUUUAUCUACCGAGACUUAAGGUUAUAUAAAGGAAUGAUUUGAAGAUUUUUUUUCCUUCUUUACUUUCAGAUUGUAAAAAUAUUGAUGUGUUUGUUGCUUCCUCUUCCGUUUAUUUUUAUUUUUUUAAUGGAUGUAUUUUUAUUGACUCAAAAAUAAAAAAAUGUUGAUCACAAAAAAAAACAAAACAAUGUCAUCACCCAAUGUCACGACCCUAGUCAAACACGGCUACUUCAUGUAACACCAGCAACAAAAACAGAGGACUACAUGUUUGGGUUCAUGCUGCAGAAGCUACUGAGCCUAUUAACUUGACUAAACUUACCAGUAGAGCCGCACGAUAUUGGAAGAACCGGGUUACAUUGCUGACAGAAUACAGUGUUUUAUAAUCUAGUGAUUGUAAGGAGAGUGUAGCACACUCACUGUCGAGUCGAGUACCAGUGGAUUAGAGAUCUUCUCGCACGAGACCCUACACAACAGUGCAGCGUGUGGGACAAGACUUGAUAAGCGAGUGCAGAGACUUGUGUGCGGGAUGCGGGUAAAGAAAAUGAUUCACGGGACUCCCGCAAAAUAGAAACAUCCAAACAUAAAAUAUCUAAAUAAAAUAAAUUGUUAUUCAUCUAUUGCACAAAAGCAACAUUAACUAAUAUAAAUUAUAUACAAUUAACAGGUGCAAGCAUAUGCAGAGUUUCUAUUUAGGCUAUAAUAGGGGUUUGGUUGGUCACCUGACACUGUUGCAAGAUACUGCAAAAGCGCACCUUUUGUUAAUAAAAGUUUAAUUUCUUCCUUUAAUAUAGGCUAAGUAAGUUUGUCAUUAUUGUAGAUGUUUUAAUUUAAAAUGAAUAAAACAUUGA